GUUUGUUGUUUUAUAUAUUUUAUUAUUAACUGUUUUGCAAAAACCAAAUCAAAAUUAAUCUUCUUUUUUUUUUACUCAAAAUUAAUCUCUUUAUUUAUUAUACAAAACACCUAUAUAUAAUUGGAGUAUAUAUAAAAAGACAAAGUUACUGAGAAUUGACAUCAUCAUCGUCCUCCUCAAUACUCAUCAUCGUCAACAAUGAACGGCGAAGAAGAAGAAGAAGUUGCUGAAGAAGUUGAAGCCAUGAAAGCUGUUUAUGAAACCGAUUGUCUCAUUCUCCGUUCAAUCCCUCCUCACUUUCAUCUAUCCCUCAAACCCAGAACCGCUGAUGUUUCCUCUGACCAGUUUGUAGAAAUUGUUCUUGAGGUACGAGCAACCCCACAGUAUCCAAAAGAACCACCUUUUGUUGCUCUUGUGGAUUCCAAGGGUCUGGAUCAACAGAGACAAAAGCAUUUAUUGAACCAUAUAGAAAGUAAAGCCAAUGAGCUCUCCCCUGGCUUAAUGCUUGUAGCUCUCUGUGAGGAAGCUGCAGAAAAACUCUCAGCUAUGAAUCAUCCCGAUGGUGAUUGUCCAUUGUGUUUAUUCCCAUUGGUCACAGAAGAUCACCAAAGUGAAACCUUUCCUUUUAUGAAGUUAAUGUCUUGCUUUCAUUGUUUUCACCGUGAAUGUAUCAUUAGAUGGUGGAAUUGGAUUCAGAGUUCUAAACAAACAGGCUCUGCCAAUUCAAAUAAUGCAACUGCUCAGCGUAACCGGGAUAAUCAUGAAAAAUUGGAAGAGGGUGUUGGAAACUGCCCUGUCUGUCGCAAACCUUUUCAUGCAAAAGAUUUGGACCAUGUGCUUGACCUAGUUGGCUCACAUUCUUUCAGAGUGAGUGUGAAUAAUGAUGAAAUCGAAAAUGACGAGAAAAUCCUUCAAUCUGAGCAAGAGAUAAUCCGAAAGCAGAGGUUUGAAGCCAUCUUAAGUUUACAGAAGGAGAACAAUGGUUUGAUUGAACCUAAAAAAGAUAUAGUAAUAUUGCCCGGUAUGUAUCUUCAACAACAGGUUGCAGUGCCCGACUCCACGACAACCAAAGAGCCUAACGAGGCUGAGCGACAAGAAAGAGAUCCGCCCGUAGUUGAGUCAGGAAAAGACGUCAGUGGAACCUCAAACAGACCUAGUUCUAGCGGGAACAGAAAUUUUGGUGCAAGGAGGCAUAGACCAAGAACCGAUAAUCACUCUAGUUCAACUGCAAGACAUCCAAGAAAACCAGUCCAACAACAACAGUGGGUUAGAAGAGAUAAUCCUAGCAGCAAUAAGCAAUAGCAGUGAUAUGAUAUAUUCCAUUGCCAUUGUUCAUAUUUAUAUUUAUAUAUCAUAUCAUAUGAAGGUUCAGAGUGCAAAGAAAUGUACCAAAAGAGUAGGAAAAGAUCAGACAUGUAGAGUAGAGGUAGGUAUCCUUUCAGUUGGAGGAAAAGAAGAAACAAGUACCUAAGAGCCUAUGAGUCCUUCAAAUAUUUUUAAAGUAUAAAACAAUAAAUCAGGAUUUUUAAUUA